UUUUGCAAUUUUCUUUUAUAUCAACCAAAAAUUCAUCUUCUUCUUUUUCAUAUUCAAUUUCUCUUCUCAGAUCCAAAUCCCAAACAGAUCAAGAAAAUGGACGCCAUUGAUUCCGUCUUCGAUCCACUCAGAGAAUUCGCCAAAGACAGCGUUAGACUCGUUAAGCGUUGCCACAAACCCGAUCGCAAAGAAUUUUCCAAAGUUGCUGUUCGUACUGCGAUUGGUUUCGUUGUGAUGGGAUUCGUUGGGUUUUUCGUUAAGCUCAUUUUCAUUCCAAUUAACAACAUCAUCGUUGGAUCUGGUUAGGAUGAGGGAAACUACAAUCGCCUCCGAUAUUCAAGUUGUGAAGCAGAAGGAGGCAUAAGGAGUUUUCUCGUCAAUAGAAACACAUCUUAGUUAUGUAUUUCAGUUUUUCUUUUUUCCGUAUUGAACAUGUAAAACUUUAUUUUUCCAUGUGUUAGACUUUUGAGCCAUUGUACAAGGAGGAAAAAGUUUAGUUAAGGAAUUGUUCUUUUGCUUUGA